ACUUUUUAGUUUUACGGUCUAGACCGAAGAGCUUGCACUCUUAUGUGUUCUGUGUCUCUGAUUAUCACAUUCUAGUUAGGCAAACGUCAGAAGCAGUCAGUUUGUGUGCUGUUUCCCUGACGGCUCGUGACUCUGUCAGUCGGCCGAGAUGUCACGUGAUUGCUCCAAAACCAACGAGCCUAGAGAUCGUUCCUUCUAGUUCUAGCAGGUAUCCUAGAUAUUCAGUGUCUCCCAGGGUGAAAAUGUCCUGACCAAGAUCUCCAUUGGUGGGAGCAGUCACCAUGUACAUCACCCAUGAUUACAGGGCAGAGACCAUGAAGCUGAGAGUCAGAGCCGGGAAGAAGAGCGGCCGCCUGGAGCUGCAGGAGGAAGAGGUAACAUUGGGGGAUCUGCGGAGGAGACUGCGCCAAACUUUCCUCCCCUCACUGGGGUUCAGUCCUGAUGUGACGUUCUCCAUCACACUGAAUGGCAGUGACUCCCUGACGGAGGAUGAGAGCAGCCUGGAGUCCUUAGGAAUCAUAUCUGGGGAUCUGAUUGUCGUAGUAACCGCUGCCAUUCCUCGCCCUGCUCCAGCCCAGGACCAGCCACCAUCAGCCAGCGGUACGGACUACAAAAGCCAGCAGUAUCAGAGAGAAGCACAUGACGUAGCAGAGCCGAGAGCCAGCUCGUCCCAGGGAGCAGCAGGACAAGAGGAAACUAUGGAGGAAGACAUGCCCAGCUGUCCCCCGGGGCCCAUGCUGUGCAGCGAGGCUUCAGAUGGAAAGAUUCCUCACUCCCUGGAGGCGCUGUACCUCUCCUCCAGCUGCACCAGUGGCAACGAUGCUCUAGUGGUUGUUACCCAUCUCCUGAUGGUGGAGACUGGUUAUACAGAACAGGGUGUAAAGAACAAAGCAGCCGCCAUGCCUGAGGGCUGGAAAAGCAGCAGCGGCGUCUACAAGCUCCACUACUCUCAUCCAUUGUGUGGUAACAGCUCUGCAGCCCUGGUGUGCGUGCCAAUGGGAAAACUGGUCAUCAUCAAUGCUACUUUGACCAUUGGUAGUGAGCUGAAGUGUGUGAAGAGGCUGCAGCUUCCCACCGAAUCCUACAUAACCUACCCGCCACAAGACGGUAAUGUGGCCAUGGUGUACAGGGACUUGCAGAAGUUAUCCCGCCUCUUUAAAGAUCAGCUGGUUUACCCUUUACUUGCUGCUACUCGGCAAGCCCUGGAACUUCCCGAUGUCUUCGGUUUGGUGGUCUUGCCCCCAGAGCUAAAGCUCCGAAUUUUCCGUCUUCUGAAUGCACGCUCCAUUUUGUCUCUUGGUGCCACUUGUAAAAAUUUGCAGGCCGACGCGGAAGACCCAUCACUGUGGAGGUUUCUCUACAUGAGAGAUUUCAGAGAUCACGGUGUAAGAGACCCUCACACAGACUGGAAGGAGCUUUAUAAACAGAAGUAUAAGCAGAUGUUCCGUGUCAGAAGAUGUGGACCCCACAUACUGGACUACCCACCUUUUCACCCUGGUCCGUAUUCUCCUGACCAAUACCCACCCAACUUUCCCUACCCACCAGGCAUUAUUGGAGGUGAAUAUGACCAGCGCCCCACUUUUCCAUUUGCCAGAGAUCCCCUUUCAUUGUUGGACCCACACAGACCCCGUGUACCGGGACUCUUUCGGCCUGCCAGGCCACGGUUUGACCCCCUUUUACCGGGCCUCUUCCAGAAUCCGUCGCAGUCUAGAUGGGGGCCUUUCUUAUGAGUGAAGCAGAAAGAAGUCUAGUGUGGAAUAGCGAGGAGGAUCCAAAUUGACCCCAUCCUAUACAUGCCAUGGACUAUGACACUGGAUGGACACCUGGCCUGCUUUUGUAUUCCAUAGGCUGUGCCGCUUACGCUGUUACUGCGGAUUAUGGGAGUUAGCACCUCUUCAGCUUAUAAUCUUCAGAGUGACCGAUGUUUUCCCCAAUAUCUUCCUGUCCCAUAUCACACUCAUAGGGGUCAAGGAAGCUGAGAUACAGGGCAUGUCUUGUGGAGUCUUUAGACCUGAUGUUGUAACAUAGAGAGAGCACCAGUCACCGGUGAGCUUGUUUCCUAACAAACUGGUCCUCAUAUCUCAGCUAUCUGGGACCAAAGAAAUGUGACAUAGCGAGGGGAGUUGGCUUUUGGUACUAAUAGCAGUUAUUAACUUUUAGGUUUUGUGUGGAAUUGGCCAUUCAGUCAAAGUUUAUAAUUUAAAAAAAAAGUUAUUAUUUUUAUUUUAUUUUUUUGGUCACAACUUUGUCCCAUCACAGAUGUCACAUCCUGUGAUUAGAAGAUUAAAAGUUCACAUUUUCAACCUAUUAUUUAUAGCUCCAGUGCAUAUAAAAAAUAGGAAAGUCUGUAAAUAAAUUGAAUGAAAAAUAUCCUACCAUUUGUCUAUGCAACUUCUAGCCACAACUAUGUGUUGCUAUGGUAACAGACUACAAAUAAACUGUGUGUAGUCAGAUCGUGCAGUUAAUACCCCAUCCAUGUGUCCCCUACUUUGACGAGAAGCAGGGGGCAGACUGAGUAUGACUACAGAGUUUGUUCAUCUGCAUUCAUGCAAUACUAAAAAUAAUAAAAAAGAAAAAUUCAGAGACCACCCCAAGCAAAAAUCUGUCCACAGUGAAGUUAUAUUUCUAUUAAUUUUAUCAAUUUUAGAUUGAUAUAUAUUACAUGGGCUGCGCUCCUCUCAUUAAUUAUUCAGCAUAUACUUGAUAGAUCUAUCUGACGUAUAUAAGAUUGUAAGCUCUUUUGGGCAGAAUUUGUUGGAAAAGUUAGACGUUUUAUUAAAAAAAAUUCACAUUUUUUGCCGAUUUCUUUCCUAUGCAGAGACCAAUAAAAAAGUUAUUUAUAACCUA